CUUUAUUCCUACCUAGAUAUUGACGAGAUGAACGUUCAAACUUCCAACCGACGCCAACCUUAACCUUCAGAUUCAGCAUUCAAGCCAUGACAUCCUCACCGCCAGUCGUUCAUGGCGUGGACGUCACGCCAUCGACUCAAUGUGCGCACUGGCACUCGUCGCUCGACAUCAUCGCCAUCAAGCACGCCUGCUGCCGAAAAUUUUACGCCUGCAUCGGCUGCCACGACGCGUGCGAAGACCACCGCUCGGCCGUCUGGCUCAAGACGCAGCGGGACGAGCGAGCGGUGCUGUGUGGACGCUGCCGCCACGUGCUUCGCGUCGACGAGUAUCUCGCCUGCGGCAGCCGCUGCGUGAGGUGCAACGCCGCGUUCAACCCGGGUUGCAAGAACCACUGGAGCAUGUACUUUGAGAUGGAGCGCGAGCCAACCCAAUCCCUCCCUCCCGACUGUUCGACUCCGGGGAGGGAGGGAGGGUGCUGAAUCUGACUCCUUUCAGAGCCCACGGCUGUCCUUUUGACGUCGAGGCACUUCGCGCGGCGAUGUGAAAGUUCUGGCUCGUUCAAAGAAGAAGGGAUAAAAGGAAUAAAAACACCAAAAAUAAAGAUUUCGCAGCCUUUGAGGCGCCAAUCGCCUAGCGGGAAGCAAGGCCGUCGUCCAUCUCUCGGACGAGCAAGCACAGAAACUUGGAGGUAGAAAAAGGAAACGAAAAAAAAAUAAAGAAAAGAGAAAUAUCGAGUAUCCAGGGAACAUUUCAGAUUCUUUUUUUUUCUACUUUCUAUUCGAGCUCAUGCGAGGAAGAGUUGUCGUGGCGCGACUGAGGUUUAGGCGAGGAUCUUGUUCACGCCGCCGUAUGAGUCCAACUCGGGAGGAUGGUAAGUGCAAGGGCAAAAGGCAAACACGAUUCAACGCCCGGAAGAGAAGACUCCACAAUAGGGAUAGUAAAAAUAAAGGGGGUUGAAAACCGAGAGACCAAUCAAAAGGCACAUAAGAGCACAUCCAGUCUCGAAAUAUGAGGAUGAAGCAGGGAAAAAAAAAGCAAAGUCCAUGUAUUUUCCUUCAUGGCGCUAUCCAAGAAACGCAAGUGUAGCAACUCGAUCGCUAGUCUGGGCCGUAAAGAAAAAGAGGAAGAAGACGAAGACCCCAAGAUACACCUUAAGAUAGACAGGACAGCUGUGACGCAUGUACAAAAACAUAUGACAUAUUCUGCCA